GCAGUCGCGGUCCGUAACCCGAGAGCGCUGUACGCGUGACGGAUCCGCGAGCGGCAAUUGUUUACAAAAUAUACGACACGUGAAAGACAAGACAGCUUGAAGUGAAGUGUUGGUUGAUGAAGUGAAAAAACUAGUGUGUUCGGGAAAACUGACUUUUAGGGAAAAUUUUAGGAAGUAAAAGGUUUUAACUGGAGUCCCCGAUUUUCGACUUCGAAAGUGAUAAAUUAUGUUUUCAAGAAAGUGAAGUGUUUUCAAUUAAGUGUAACUUUAAAGCUGAAACUGUUCAGAAUAAACUUUAUGGACUUGAUUAUAAAUAAUUGGAUUGGUGAGGAGAAUAUCUCACCAUGGCUCAAGAAAACAGCAAUUCCACGAUGGAGAUGGGCACCAGUGACCAGGUCCUGGUAGCCUCAGCAAAAAAGAAGAAAGUCACGUACAUCGUCGGCUUCGUAGUCAUGGCGGCCGUAAUCGCAGUAGUCGUCACAUUGGUAGUCGUGCUGUCAGGGAAUGAGGGAGGCUCGUUGCCCGUCACUACGCAGAGUCCUAGCACAGUGACGCCACAGACUACUAUAGCGCCUACGGUACAACCACCAACAGUGGCUCCUACAGAGGCUCCGACACCGGAACCAGAAACGGAACCUCCUGAGACAGAUGGACAGCCAAUAGAAUUAGAAGACGUCAUCAAUGGCGUGUUCUCCUCGCCCUCCUUUAAUGGGUCUUGGACUUCAGGAAGUGACAUUUUGUACCGCAACGAAAAUGGCGACUUGGUACUCUUCGACUUGGACACGGACAGUACCACCGUCUUGAUCUCCAAUACUUCUGAGGUCCUACAGCAGUCAUCUCGCUUCACCGAGCUGUCACCAGACGGAACGCAAGUAGCGUUAGCGUACAGCGUAUUGCCCGUAUACAGAUACAGUUACCUCGCCCGCUACACCGCCUUCGACAUCAACACAGGAGACACGAAAGACAUCCUACCCCCCACCGUGGCCCGCAGCACCGAAGGAUUCCUCCAGAACUUCGUCUGGGGACCAUCUGGGACCUCUCUAGCCUUCGUAUAUACGAAUAAUAUAUACUAUCAGGCUAAUUUGACUGAGGACCCUGUGCAAAUUACGACGACUGGACAGUUGUAUGUCAUUUAUAAUGGCAUUCCUGACUGGGUGUAUGAAGAGGAAGUAUUCGGCUCCAACAACGCCAUGUGGUUCUCAGCCGACGGCGAACACUUGGCGUACGUCACGUUCGACGACACGAAUGUUCGCAUCAUGCGUGUACCCCACUAUGGUGUACCCGGCUCGGUCGACUAUCAGUACACGCAGCACCAUGAAAUCCGGUACCCUAAGCCUGGCACUACCAACCCGACGGUGACGGUGACAUUGCGAAACCUGGAAUCCGGCGCUAAUACUGUCUACUCUGCGCCCACUGACUUGAAUGAGCCAAUCCUGAAAGCCGUGAAGUUCGUCACCAGUAACACUAUCGCCCUGAUGUGGACUAACCGCGUCCAGACCACCAUGCAGGUGCUCACUUGCACCCUUGGAACUGCCAAUUGCACCCAGAUUUAUACAUACACCGAGACCAAUGGCUGGAUCGACAACAUUCCUCUCAUCUUUAACGCGCAAGGAACCGCUUUCAUCACCAUCUUGCCUCAAGCAGUCGAUGGUACCCUCUACAAACAAAUUGUCCAAAUAUCAGCUCCCGCAACCGGCAAUGACUGGACGCUGCAGAACCGCGUGAAUACUACCCAUACCGUCGCUGAGAUCUUGAAGUGGACUGAUGAUGAUAUCAUCUGGUACAAGGCCACAAGCAUGAACGACUCCGCCGAGCAGCACAUCUACUCCGUCAACUCCGAAGGCACCGUGGACUGCUUCACGUGCGAGAUAGCCAGGGAAGAUGGUGGACAGUGUCUGUACAAUGACGGUAUUAUCAGUGAAGAUGGGAACAGGAUCACUGUCAACUGCGCUGGACCUGAUCUGCCACAGGUCUUCAUCUAUAACUCUAACGGCACGCUUGAGCUGGACUGGGACGAUAACAACGCAACAAGCGCCGUGGUCUCCAACCGUAUACUGCCCGUGACCCUGCGGCUUUCCGUGCCGGUUGCCACCGGCUUCCCUGAUGCUGACGUCCAACUUUUGCUUCCGCAUGAUUAUGAGCAAAGGACUAACGUGCCUAUGCUGGUCUAUGUCUAUGGCGGUCCAGACACAGCUCUCGUCACUAAACAAUGGAGCAUCGAUUGGGGAACUUCCCUGGUCAGUCGAUGGAAUAUCGCCGUCGCUCACAUCGACGGUCGAGGUUCUGGAUUGAGAGGCGUCGCGAACAUGUUCGCGGUCAACCGGGCGCUGGGAACUGUGGAGAUUGAGGACCAGAUCUCCGUUACCAGAUACCUCCACGAAAACCUGUCGUUCCUAGACUCCAACCGCACCUGCAUCUGGGGCUGGUCGUACGGCGGCUACGCUGCUUCACUGGCCUUGGCUCGCGGAGGAGAUGUCUUCAGAUGUGCAGCGGCUGUCGCUCCUGUUGUAGACUGGAGAUUCUAUGACACAAUAUACACAGAGCGGUACAUGGACACUCCGCAACAGAACCCAGAUGCGUACACCGCAUCAUCGCUUUUAACAGAUGAAGUGGUGGAAGCGUACAGAAACAAACGCUACUUCCUGAUCCACGGGACAGCAGAUGACAACGUACAUUACCAGCACGCUAUGCUGAUCUCACGGCUGCUACAGCGGGAAGAUGUUUACUUCACGCAAAUGAGUUACACAGACGAAGACCACGGACUAGUCGGCGUCAGGCCCCACCUUUACCACGCUUUAGAGAAAUUCCUAACAGAAAACAUGCUGUAAAUAGUAAUAACAAUAGCAAUCAAGGACGGAUCCAGGGGGGGGUCAUGAGGGUCAUGACUCCCCCCACCGGGCCCUGAGCUGGGUCUAGGACAACAGUAUUUUUAUACUUUAUAUAAUCAGGUGAAGUGACCCCCCCUCCCUACUCACCUGACUAUAAAGUUGGAUCCGCCCUUGAUAACAAUGUAAUGAAGUAAAUAUUGCUCAGUGAAAUUAUUAGACACAAUAACUAAUUUAGGAUCAUGAUGGUUCAUUGAAGUAAUAUGUCUAUAAUUUUAGAAGAGACAUUCUGAAGAUCAUCAUCUUCAUGAACUUAAGAAUUGUCAUGUAGGUGGAGUAUCUUCCAGCUUAUAUCUUGCGCCAGCUCUUUGACUUUUCAAUACAACACGAUCCAACUUCUUUCACUUAGUCCAUGUAACUGCGUCAGGGUUUUCCCCUACCUCGCUUGUGUCGUGUUUGCCCCUAUCUUUAGGUUGUUAUCUUUAGGUAUUUCAAUAAAAGUAAACAAACAAUUGGUAAAUUUUUGGGUGGUUAUAACAUUUAUUGGUUAACCAACCAAAUAAUCUGUCACUGAACGACCUGACUUUAACUUAAUGUUGUCAUCUACCCUCAACUGGCUUAAGGAGCCAUUUGAGGGUAGAUUUUGUUUACUUUCAUUUAAUUACUUAAAGAUACAGAGUAUACAAUCAUAUUCUGUGUCUUGUGUAUUACUUCAAUGUACCAUCAUGGCAACUCUAGUCGCCUAAGGUUAGCUCCAAGGCAUUUUAAAAGAAUAAAACGUUUAUGUACCUAUACAUUUGAUAAUUCACUAUCAACAUUUCCAUUGUUAAAUGAGUAGGGACCUUGUUUCUGCAUUUAAUAUACAGAUAUUACAAGUUUUAGUCAGUCUCGACGUUUUGGACAUAAAAUUAGUUAUGAAUAAUUAUUUAAAAAUAUACACAUUCCUAAAGACAAACAUCACAGAAGUUGAAAAUCUUAAUUUGAAAUGUUUUGUUAUUGCUAAUAAUUUUAAGUAGAAAGUGAACUUAAAACAGGGUAUGAACUUCCAAGCUUUAGAUGGCCGAAAGUGUUAAAUCUAAAUGGUGUUAUGAACAAAAAUCAUGAACAAUUACUGUGCAAUAUUUAAAAAAAAUUUAAUGCCAGCUGUACACACUUGUCGAGAGACCCCGAGACAUGCCGAGAAUGAUGUGUACAAACUGUUCCUUUAUCGUCUUGCUGUUACUGAUCACGUCUCGCGCUUCUCUGAUCGGGUCGAAAUUUUGCCUAGACUCUUGGCGACAGGUGUACGUGGACGAGUGUGUACAGCCGGCAUAACAAUUGUUACCAGUUCAAAAUAUUACAAAACAGUAUUUCAUUUUACACUUAAAUUGAAGUAUUUAUGUUAUUAUUUAUGGAGUUUAAAAGUCGUUAAAUAUGAAACCACAAAUGAAUAAAUAAAAUAUAUCAUGAAAUUGUAAAUAAAUUAUAAAAGUCUAUUUGUAUGUUUUUGAAAAAUAUUUAAUAUUUAAACCUGGAAAAUUCAGAAUCGAUAUUAGAAACCAAUAUUUACGAAAAAUUAUAAUAAUACGCUAUUCCUAAAGAGUACCUAAUAGUUGUAAUUUUAAUUAUUAUAGUUUCAGUGGAAUUACAAUACGCAAUACCAUGUCUUGUAAAUAUUUAAAUGUAAUGAGAAGAAAAAUAUCCUUUUAAAUAAAUAAUAUUUUGUAUAAAAAA